AUGCUCAAGAAAACCCUUUUCUUCCUAUCCUGUGUGAUGCUCUCCGAACUGAAUUGUGUAUCUUCCAGCUACAAAGAAUGCUCGUCUGUGACCAACGACGAAGAAAUUCUUUCCUACUGUAAAAACGAAUCCGACUGUUAUUUUAAAAAUGUUGAUGGCUCCGACCACUCAACGAUUACUUGUGUGUGUAGAAAGUAUAUGGAGGAUUAUUUUUUCGCUGGCCCGGACUGUUCAAUAAAAAUUUCUUACCACUACCAAACGAUGAAAAACAACGAAGUUAUGAACACCAGUUGGAUCGAAGACUUGUUCAACAUCAACUCGUGGAAGAAUGAAGAAAACAGAGUGGGCAAAAUUUGCAUCAACCCCCGGUGCAGGUAGGUUGCCAUCAGCUCAGCUUAAUAUAACGCGCCACUCGGCAUAUUCAAAAAGGAAAAAAAAUAACAGCGCAAAAUGGAGACGAAAAAAAAAUGUAGUUAUAUACUGCCCCGCGAAGUCAUCAACCAAACGGUGUGCACACCGAAAUGGUCAACAAGGGGAUAGGCACCAAACGGAUACACACAUACACAUGUAGACACACAUACGUAGUGCGUGUCACACACAUGGGGGGGAAACCCCUACUCUUGGGACAAUUCCUCCCGAAGAAUCUGCUCGUACUCAUGCAACAGCUUACUUUUUAUGCUUCUAGCCACCUUCAUAUACUCCCUCUGGGCAGGCCUUAGUAGCUCAUCCAAAUCUUCAUUAAUCAUUGCGUUAAUGUUUUUUUUCUUUUCGCGAAUGUUUUUUAAUACCUCAUUUUCGUAUUCGUAAAAUUCGUUUAUCUUUCUCUCCUCCUCGGCAAUGCUUGGGAUAUCAACUGGGUUAACUCUGUCCAUGUUCACUUCGGUUUCUUCUC